AUGGACGAAUACGAUUAUAGUCAAAGAUCACACAGCCACCACGAGCAUCGCCGGAGCCGGAGCCGCAGCUACGACCAUGGCCAUGAUCGUGACCAGGAUCAGUAUGCACUCACGACACGGUAUACGUCUGUGGACCGGUACACGUCGCCGGAACGGCCGAGAUAUGUGCGGUCACCCUCGCGGCCGAGACAUGCGCGGUCGCACUCACGGUCGCACUCACGGUCGCACUCGCGGUCACACUCCAGGCCACGAACCCACCGGAGCAGCCACGAGGGCCACGAGGACCACGAAAGCCGCCGAAGCCGCAGCAGCGAGCGGUCCAUCUCCGAUCAGCGCAACGAAAAGGAGAUGCACCACGUGGUCAAGACAGCGCUGCUGGCCGGUGCCAUCGAGGCCUUCCGCGUCCGUAACGAGCCAGGGUCAUGGACCAGCGGCAGCAAAGGCGGACGGGUGGCCACAGCGGCGCUGGGCGCUGCUGUGAUCGACACCGCUCGCGACAAGGACCCGUACGUAAAGUCGAAGCGGCACGCCGUCGAGGCCGCCGCCGGAGGCCUUCUCACCGACCGCAUAAUCAAUGGAAAGAGAACAAAGUAG